GGAGUAGCGGAGCGGCAACGCGCGUCUGUUCCUCCUCCGAGACGCCCGAGCCCGCUGGCGCGUCGUACGCGGCGGCGACCUCUGAAGCUCACACCCGCGCAUAACAGUCUACGAUUUCAUGUGGAGGACCGCGAAACGACGGAAGAAGAAGGGGCCAGUGUCCACGUCUUGGGUGACCGAUGUCGUUUCGACUCGAUUCGAUAUCACCUUUCGGGUUGAUUCGGAGAGAUGAGCGUGAACGGUCGACGCUGUAACUUCGAGACGACGUCGCGGCGUCCACCUGUUUACGGCGCAGCGGAGACGGCGGGCGUCCCUUCGCGACGAGAAGUGUGGCCGUAGUUCUAUCGAUUCUGUACAAGUGCGCGCGUGUAUAUGUGUCCUUUGUGUUAAUUGUACUGGUGAGUGGCCAGCAGUGUAGUUGGCGUGUGCUACAUUGUGGCGCACCGCUUUCGCGAUGCGCCGGACGCUCCGGCGUGAGCCGAAGCAGACGACACCAUCCGGCGGACCGUUAUUUUGGGCCCACGUCGUCUGCUGCGUCCUUGCGUUCUACGGUGUCGAUGUCGGUGCUGCAUCCGAUCCUCCAAAGGUGCAGCCUUUCCAGUUCCCGAGUCGGCCCCAGUUGGGCAAGCGUCUACGCAUCACGUGCUCGGUGACACAGGGCGACUCGCCACUAAGCUUCGCCUGGCUCAAGGACGACGUCGAGCUGACGGCUUCUUCCUCCGACGGCGUCGACGAUCACCACCCGGUCUCCCUGGACUCCGGGCCCGAGAGCUCGGUGCUCGUGCUCAAGCGUCUGGGCGUCGACGACAUCGGAAAUUACACGUGCGUCGUCUCCAACGCGGCGGGCACCGACAAGUUCCAGGCAUUCCUGAGGUUCCCAGUGCCACCUUUCUGGAAGCGUGAGCCGGAGCCCGUGCAGGCCGUGCGGGGCGAACGUGCCGUCCUGUCGUGCGAGGCCGGUGGAUACCCGGAGCCGCAGGUGACCUGGAAGAGGCGACACGCCGACGGUGCCGAGCGUGCUGUGGUGAAGAGCGACCGCGUUCGCGUCACCGAGAACGGCUCGCUCCAGCUGGAUCCCGUGCUGGUCUCGGACCGGGGCUGGUACACGUGCCAGGCGCACAAUGGAGUGCCACCGGACGUACAGCGCCAGGUGGCGCUCAAGGUGAGAGCGCCACCCACGGUCAACGUAAACGCGAAAGUGGUGACAGUUCGUCGAGGGGAGACGGCCACCUUGGUGUGCAACGUCACGGGCGACCAGCCAAUCACGGUCACCUGGACCAGGAACGGCAAGAGCGACCCCCUCGUCGAAAUGGCCGGGCGCGAGGUGUACCAGGUGCCCUCCGAGGAGUGGGUGGCCUCGACGCUGGUACUCAAGGAAGUGGACGGCAUGGCCGCAGCCUCGUACACCUGCACGGCAGCCAACGAGCACGGUGCAGACCAGGCUGUGUUCGCCGUCAACGUUCUCUUUCCGCCGCCUACGCCGCACAGCUUGAAGACGACCGAAAUCGGCACGCGGUUCGCCCACAUUGAGUGGUCGCACUCGAGCAGCAACGUGACCCGCUACGUUGUUCGUCACUGGAAACUCACAGGCGUGGACAAGGUUCUGUUCGAGCACACGGUGCCCGGCGCGUUCCAUUCGGCGCUGCUGAUGAACCUUCGACCCGGGUCUCAGUACAAGGCGUUCGUGGUGGCGGAGAACAGUGUGGGACAGAGUCCACAGUCGAACUCUGUCAUAUUCAACACGGCCGAAGAAGCCCCGGAGGCUUCUCCCACCGACGUGGACUGCGAGCCCGUCAAUGCGUCAAGUAUCGAACUUUUGUGGAAGUCCCCGCCAGAGGAGCAGUGGAACGGUGCGGCCAAGGGCUUCUACGUGGGCCUGAAGCAGGCCGACCACGGCACCCCGUACGUGUACGAGAUGGUGCCCUUCGAAAGCGCCACCGACGACGUGCUGCGGCGAGUCUUCACCCGCAUGGCACCUGCCACCGUGUACAGCUUCGUGGUCAGGGCAUUCAACUCGGCCGGCUCCGGGCCGGCCACCAGGGAGCUGAGGUGCACCACGCUCUCGGGAGAUCCACCUCCGGCUCCAACCCUUUAUCUAGUCAAAACGGAGGAGUCCAUGGUCACUCUCAGCUGGAAGAUACCCAAAACGCACAACGCCACCGUCCUCCAGUACGUGCUGGAGACGAGACGCGACUACACGGACGAGGUGUCGUUGCAACACUUCCCGUCGACGACGAACGUGGCCACCGUCUCCAACCUGGAGAGCAGCGUCAAGUACAGCUUCAGACUGGCCGCGCACAACCGAUACGGGCGCGGCGCCUUCUCCAAUCCGAUCACCGAGUCGACCAGGCUCAAAUUCACGAAUCGUCUCCUGUCGGGAAACCUCCAGCAACCCGAGAGUCCAUUCUACAUGCGCAGCUACUUCUUCAUCGUCAUCAUCGCCUGCGUCACUCUGGUCACCCUGUCGGCCGUCAUUUCCUGGGCAUGCGUAAAGAGGGCCAUCAUCGCGCAAGAGCGUCGCAACAAGGCAGCAGCGGCGAGCCUCCGCUGCAGACCGUCCCUGUCCGGUGCGUACAGCCCCCGCUGGGUGCACGACCCCAGGGUGUUCGACGACAACUACGACAUGCCCUGGGACACCGCCAACCCGCAACGCGCCGCUUCACCCCACGCCUACACGAACGUGUAUAACCCAAGUUCAAGGUCCUGACGUCAGUCGUGACGUCACUGAGCACACCGCCAAAGACUGAAGGAGGGGGGGAGCACCCUUACGUGCCUUGCGAGGCCGCCGUCGCAUAGGAGGCGUUCUCGUCGAUCGUCGUUUGUACAGAGAGUUGCGACUGAUCUCAAAAUAAAUACAACGCGUUCAUA